ACCGGAACAACCAGUUCUCCACUUGGAUUUUUCAAGGGAGACCACCAGUUUUUUGGAUGACUGGCUUUUUUAAUCCUCAAGGUCAUUUUCUAAAAUACUCUCAUGAUAAUUGCACUUAUUUUUAUGUGAACAUAUGUUCAAACACAAUCAAAUGGGAGCGGUUGGCAAGGUGAAUGGCAUGAUAGCUUUAUUUUAUGCCUAACCUUCGCGAUGCAAGAUAGACCAGUUUUGUUUAGCCUUAUGAGAUCAUAAUAAAAUCUUUAAAAUUAAAUUGUUAAGUUUAAUAAACCUUAUGCCCUGGCACAAGCCCAACAGUUUAGAUGUAUUUCCUUUAAGUAAAAUGUGUCUGUUAAUUGUUUGAAUUCAGGGUUCCUCACUGCCAUGAGACAGGAGGUGACACGAGCUCACAAAGGCUGGGCCCUGGAUACAGUAACACUGCACAAUGAUGUAACAAAAUACUUUAAAGAUGAUAUCUCUGUUGGC